CCGCCCAUCCUCCCCCCCCAUCCGAACCGCCCAUCAUGGUGCUGUUCACCGUUGACGAGAUCCGUGGCCUCAUGGACAAGCCCACGAACAUCCGCAACAUGUCCGUCAUUGCCCACGUCGACCACGGCAAGUCGACGCUCACCGACUCGCUCGUGUCCAAGGCCGGCAUUAUCGCCGGCGCCAAGGCCGGUGAGAUGCGCUUCACCGACACGCGCGACGACGAGAAGGAGCGCGGCAUCACCAUCAAGUCGACGGCCAUCUCCAUGUACUUCCCCAUGGACCCCAAGGACCUGACGAUGAUCUCGCAGAAGUCGAACGGCAACGAGUUCCUGAUCAACCUCAUCGACUCGCCCGGCCACGUCGACUUCUCGUCCGAGGUCACGGCCGCGCUGCGUGUCACCGACGGCGCGCUCGUCGUCGUCGACUGCAUCGAGGGUGUCUGCGUGCAGACCGAGACGGUGCUGCGCCAGGCGCUGACGGAGCGCAUCAAGCCCGUCGUGUGCCUGAACAAGGUCGACCGUGCGCUCCUCGAGCUGCAGGUCACCAAGGAGGACCUCUACCAGAGCUUCCAGCGCACGAUUGAGAGCGUCAACGUCGUCAUCGCCACGUACAACGACCCCGUGCUCGGCGACUCGCAGGUGCUGCCCGAGAAGGGCACCGUGUCGUUCGCCUCGGGCCUGCACGGCUGGGCCUUCACGCUCAUCCAGUUCGCCAACCGCUACUCGAAGAAGUUCGGCGUCGACAAGGAGAAGAUGAUGAGCAAGCUGUGGGGCGACAACUUCUUCAACCCGAAGACGAAGAAGUGGACGACGAAGGGCGAGGACGCCGACGGCAAGCCGCUCGAGCGCGCCUUCAACAUGUUCAUCCUCGACCCCAUCUUCCGCAUCUUCGACUCGGUGAUGAACUUCAAGAAGGAGGAGACGGCCAAGAUCGUCGAGAAGCUCGAGAUUCCGCUCACGAGCGACGAGCGCGACCUCGAGGGCAAGGCGCUGCUCAAGGUCAUCAUGCGCAAGUUCCUGCCCGCCGGCGACGCGCUCCUCGAGAUGAUCGUCAUCAACCUGCCGUCGCCCGUGACGGCGCAGCGCUACCGUGUCGAGACGCUGUACGAGGGCCCCAUGGACGACGAGUCGGCCAUCGGCAUUCGCGACUGCGACGCCAAGGGCCCGCUCAUGCUCUACGUCUCGAAGAUGGUGCCCACGUCGGACAAGGGCCGCUUCUACGCCUUCGGCCGCAUCUUCUCCGGCACCAUCCGCUCCGGCCCCAAGAUCCGCAUCCAGGGCCCCAACUACGUGCCGGGCAAGAAGGACGACCUCUUCGUCAAGUCGAUCCAGCGCACCGUGCUCAUGAUGGGCCGCUACAUCGAGCCCAUCGAGGACUGCCCCGCGGGCAACAUUCUCGGCCUCGUCGGUGUCGACCAGUUCCUGCUCAAGAGCGGCACGCUCACGUCGAGCGAGACGGCGCACAACAUGAAGGUGAUGAAGUUCUCCGUGUCGCCUGUCGUGCAGGUCGCCGUCGAGGUCAAGAACGCCAACGACCUGCCCAAGCUCGUCGAGGGCCUCAAGCGCCUCACCAAGUCGGACCCGUGCGUGCAGGCGUGGAUCAACGAGACCGGCGAGCACAUCGUCGCCGGUGCCGGUGAGCUCCACCUCGAGAUCUGCCUCAAGGACCUCGAGGAGGACCACGCGCAGAUCCCGCUCAAGAUCUCCGACCCCGUCGUCGGCUACCGCGAGACGGUCAUGGCCGAGUCGAGCAUGACGGCGCUGUCCAAGUCGCAGAACAAGCACAACCGUCUCUACAUGACGGCUGCGCCGCUCGACGAGGAGCUCACGCGCCUCAUCGAGGACGGCAAGAUGACGCCGCGCGACGACUUCAAGGCGCGCGCCCGCAUCCUCGCCGACGAGUACGGCUGGGACGUCACCGACGCCCGCAAAAUUUGGUGCUUCGGCCCCGAGGUCACGGGCGCCAACCUGCUCGUCGACACGACCAAGGGUGUGCAGUACCUCAACGAGAUCAAGGACUCGUGCGUCGCCGCCUUCCAGUGGGCCACCAAGGAGGGCCCGUGCGCCGAGGAGCCGAUGCGCGGCGUGCGCUUCAACAUCCUCGACGUGACGCUGCACACCGACGCCAUCCACCGUGGCGGCGGCCAGCUGAUCCCCACGUGCCGUCGCGUGUGCUACGCCGCAGCCAUGCUCGCCGAGCCGGCGCUGCAGGAGCCGCUCUUCCUCGUCGAGAUCCAGUGCAACAUCGACGGCCUGGGCGGCAUCUACAGCACGCUCAACACGCGCCGCGGCCAGGUGUUCCACGAGGAGCAGCGCCCCGGCACCCCCAUGGUCACCGUCAAGGGCUACCUGCCCGUCGCCGAGUCGUUCGGCUUCAACGCGGCACUGCGCCAGGCCACGGGCGGCAAGGCGUUCCCGCAGUGCGUGUUCGCGCAGUGGCAGGUCGUGAACCCGAGCAAGUACGACGGCCUCGUGACGAGCAUCCGCACGCGCAAGGGCCUCAAGCCCGAGGUGCCGCCGCUGGACACGUACUACGACAAGCUCUAAGUGGCUCGCCGUAGUUAGACGGUGCAUGCUCUCGCCCACCCACACGGCAUGCCCCGCCCAGCCC